UAGUAUCUCCAGUUAGCUUCAUUUACAGAUAGACAAACACCCCAAACACAUGUCAUCUGCUCAUUGUCUUUGGAAAGACUAACUCAACAUGUCUAAUCCGCCGAUAUAUGAUCAAAUUCUUGAGGACAUUAUAGCCUAUGUUUACCACACAGACAUAUCGUCACCACUCGCAUACAAGCGAGCUCGAAUAGCAUUGCUUGAUUCACUCGGAUGUGCAGUUGAGACACUUGCUCAAUCAUCAGAAGCGCGAGCCUUUGUUGGCCCAGUGGUGCCAGGAACAAUAGUUCCGAAUGGCUUCAAACUUCCAGGGACAAGAUUCGUUCUCGAUCCGGUGAAAGGCGCUUUCGAUUUCGGAGCCUUGAUUCGCUAUCUGGAUCAUAAUGAUGCCUACCCCGGUGCAGAAUGGGGUCAUCCUAGCGACAACCUGGGCGCCAUUAUUGCAGUAGCGGAUUGGCUUUCCCGUGCUCAUGCUGCCGGGGACGCCGUCGGAAAAGCAAUUACAGUGAAAGAAGUCCUAACAGCGCAAAUUAAAGCAUACGAAAUCCAGGGUAUCUUUCAGUUGAAAAACGCAUUUAACAAGCAUGGCCUGGACCACACCAUCUUAGUCAAAAUUGCAUCAACAGCAGUAGUAGCGCAUCUGCUAGGACUGAGUGAAGAGCAAGCCCUCAGCGCGCUGAGUCAUGCUUGGAUGGAUGGCCACCCUCUCCGUACAUUUCGCCAGGCGCCUAAUGCAGGACCCAGAAAGGGUUGGGCUGCGGGAGAUGCGUGCAAGCGAGCCGUACAUCUCUGUUUCCUAGCUAAGGCUGGACAGCCCGGGGCGCCUUCAGUGCUUACGGCACCCAAGUGGGGAUUCAAAGACACCCUGUUUGGCGGGGAAGAGCUCAGAAUUCCGAGACCAUUUGGCUCGUUCGUAAUGGAAUAUCAUUUCUUCAAAUUGGUGGUAGCCGAAGCCCACGGUAUAUCUGCUGCCGAAGCUGCAGUUGAACUUGCAGCAAUAUUGAAACAUGCAGGAAAGACGGCAAGUGAUAUUGAAAAAAUGACGAUCCGAACGCAACAAGCAGCAAAGACAAUCAUUGACAAGACGGGCCCUCUGAGGAAUCCCGCGGACCGAGACCACUGUAUUCAGUACAUCGUCGCAGUUUCAUUGAUAAAGGGAUCCUUCAUCGAAGGCGAAGACUACGCAGAUGACAGUCCAUGGGCGUCGGACCCAAGGGUGGAUGAAUUACGAGAAAAGAUUGUUGUCGUGGAAGACGAACAAUUUACUAAAGAUUAUCAUGAUCAAAAGGUGCGAAGUGGGGCAAAUGGACUCAAGGUCGAAUUGAAGUCUGGUGAAGAUAUUCCCGAAAUUGUGGUUGCAUUUCCAAUUGGUCACCCGAAGCAUCCAGAAACACUAGACCUUGUUAAGAAGAAGUUCAAAAAUAAUAUGAGCAAGGGUAAGUUUGAGAGUGUUACAGUGGAAGAAAUGAUGAAAUUGGCGGAAGAGGAUGAUAUCCCGGUUCAUAGUUUCAUCGAUCUUUUCGAGAAAAAGGUGUGAAGAUGUGAAGAUGGGGAGGGAUGGAUUGAUUGAAUUGAAUUGAUUAAAUCAAUGUUGUAUUUUCUAGGGAUUAAAGCACUUACUACGCUCCCAGUUGGAGAUUUAAAAAUAGCUUAAAUUUAACUGAGU